AUGACGACAACAAUAAAUACAACAGUUGAAAAUUUACAUAGCAACAAACGAAAAUUUAUUUCAGAUGAUGAGGUAUAUCCUCCUUCUGCACGAAUUCUAUCGAUUGCCAAUCAGGUAGAAACAAAUACUAUUACAAAAAAAAUUAAAUCUAUAGAAACUGAACGAUUAUCAUCAUCAAUUAUUGAAUUAGAUGAUACUGAUGAUAUGAUGGUAUGUGAAAAUUUUAAUUUAGAAGAAAAUAAUAAACAAAAAACAGAUGACACAACAAAUAAAUCAGAAGCUAUUUCAGUUCCAAAACAUUGUAAUGGUAUAUGCAAUGCUGAUGCAAGUCCAACAACAUUAUUAAUUCGAUGUUAUUGUGAUCCAUAUCGACUUAAUGCGUUAAUUCCAUAUGAUUCGGAUAUUUAUUAA